UCUGAGUGUGUGUGAUGUGUUGUGUCUUCAGGUGAAUGGGAGUUGCUUUGUCGUGAAAACGUGGAACUGGUGAAGGAGCAGGGCAGCGGGGCAGUUUGGAGUGGUGCAGCUAGGCAUGUGGAAGGCUCAACGUGAAAUGUGUUAGACGAUCAGUACACCUGUUCUCCGGGUAACAGGUUUCCUAUGAAGUGGUCAGCCCCUGAGGUUUUGAACUACAAUCAGUGUAGCAGCUGUGUGGGUUUUGCUCGAACCCUGCCGAGGCCGGCUGUUACCAUUGCGGCUAACCAACUCUAAAGAAUUUUUUCUGAACCUCAUGACCUCACUCCUGAAUAUAUUAAGAGAAGUGUCCUGCCCACUUCCUCAGCCUAUAUCGUAGCAGACUCCCAGAGCUUCUGCCAGAGACGACGGGAGUCUACCAAGAGAGCAACAUGGAACAGGGCAAAUCUAUUCGUGGAGGAGUUUCCCUCUGUCAUUCAUUGGUUAAUGAGAAGCACUGUUACGAAGUAGAGAAAGCUUUGACACAUUGCUCAAGUACCUUCAGGAAGGGAGAUAUAAUAUCCAUGAUAAAUAAUGAGAAAACUGAGGAUAUGCCCCCAAGGAUGUUCAUCAGUAUGCUAAGUUCACGAUCUCCUAUUCUGACUAUACACCAAGCAAGCACUGAUAUGGAAGAAGGACAAUGCCUGGAGUCUGACUCCAUCCACGUUUUUAGAAAAGAGGAGCUCACACUGAACUUCAAGCUGGAGAUGGUUAGAGAAGAGUGUCUGGAGGCAGAAGAAGAAAACGAAAUAGAGCCGGAAUGGGAGAGUGAUGACAUGGAAGACAAGGAAUUGGUCAUGGUGUCCAUGACUGAGACCAAUGUGGCAGUUGUUAGAGGGAGAGGCUGUGACCUUGAAAAUCCCUGCAACAACUGCGGCAUUAACGGGUGCAACGUCAGUGAAGUAUUUAUGGAAGCGAAGAAUAGGGAGGUUACAUCAGUUUGCAGAGGAUCUGUAUCGAUGGGUGGUAGAAACAUAGUAAGAGACGUUGUCAUGUCCAGUUUACUUCAGAACUAUGUGAAGUCUAAGCAAUUGGCCUUCUCAGAAAACGUCACUAUCUACUACUACCAGUCUGAUAUCACUGAAGAUGGGAAAAUAAGUUAUCCUGUUGUACUGAACUUAACUGGCACCAAUAAAUUCCUAAAAUGCACACGUAAUAAUGAGGAAGUGAUUCUAACCACUGAGUCAUAUGAAAAGGAUAAGCUGAAGGACAUUUGUAAAGAUAACCCAGCCACAUGGCCUUUCGUCUUCUUCAUGAAGACAGAGGAUGUCAAUAAUCGCCUCUUCGAGUCUGCUGAAAACCGAGGUUGGUUCAUCCGGACUGUAAAUGAACAGGGCUUCUUGUGGGUGAACAAAAUAGACGAAAGCAAGGAACCCUUCUACUUCUUAAUCUACCUAGACACUGAAAAUAACUAAAAAUAAAAAAGGCUGCAGCUCGUAGUUGAGUUUAAUAAUUUUGUAGAUCUGGAUUAAUGCAGCUGGAUUAAGUAAUUUACAGCAAGAACAAUAACUAGCAUAAAUAAUUAGCAGCAAUAUAUAUUCUUGUAUUUGAAGCUUUAUUUUGAAGCUGAUCUGUCUGAGAAUACUUCACUGAAUAAAGUUAUCAUCGAUAAUAAUGAUUAGUUUUGUUUAUGGAUGAAGUAUUUAAAUCAGCAUUUUGUAUAUUUUAAUAACCUUCCCUGGUGCCCUCUGACCCGGCACUACAGGUUCGAUCACUGUAACGUGAUGGAAGCCUACAAAAGACUAGAGUAAUGUGCAAAUAUUAUACGUAACAAAAGCUAAUCUGCCAUUUUGAGCUUCAUAAUAAAAGUCCCCAAGGCCAGAUCAUAUUAAUCAACAGUUUUUUUUGACUAUUUUAUUAUAUUUUAAAUUUACUAAGUAAACCUUUGAUCAAAAUAUGGUCAAAUAACUAUAUUAUAUUAAUAUUUGUAUCUCAUUUUUAAGCAGGGCAGGUACAUUGUAUAGCAUGUUUUAUGUAUUAAUGUAAACAAUUCCUGUAGGGCCCCAUCUUACACCCUGCACAAGGCUUGUCAAGAUGCUCAUUGCUAUCUUACACCUGCCCAGGAUUUUAUUUUUAUGCCUUCUGUCUGCGUCAUUUAAAUAGCAACAGUCUGGUGGUCUCAAAAGGAGGUGUGGUCAGGUACAUUUCUGGCGUAUUGUUUUGUUUUCAAAUUAAAACACAUUUGCGCCAAUGACUGAAAUCAACCAAGGCAGACGCCAACCGUACGAUUUUCAUUGCUAUCGUGGCAGUGAAUUGCAUGUCCAAAACCCUACUUGUUAUGCACACCUAGCAGUGCACAAACCCAUAGUGCAUGUAAUCAAUACAAAAUAUGUGUCAUUGUCAUAAUUACUAUGUCAGCUUACUCUACUCAGAAGUGUUGGGCGUAGCCUUGCUAUCACUGAUGUUUUGAGCAGCCCAGUGGACAUAUUACGGAUUAUUUGAUGAUCAUUUUGAGUACAUAAACCAAUCUUUAUGGAGCCUAAGCUAAGAUAGUUAGAAGCUAUUGUUCAAAUUUAAACGAGAAGUUAUGUAUCAUAGCACUGUUUAUUCAUGUUCAUUUUAAAGAGCAUCGUUUUUAUUUCAUUUUAAUGUACCUAUGUUUCGUUGUAUUUGUUCUUCUUUGCUGUUAACUGUGCAACACGUUAUGUACUACAGUAAAAGACAAUUCCUUCUUUAAUUAAAUAUUUUUAUCAACGUGUUCUGAUAUGUUGUUUUGAUACUACUUAAAUAUGUGAAUAUUUGCUUUGUUUAAAUAUUGAUAAUGCUGAGAAAUAAAUAUCAUAUGUACAUCUUUCUUCAUAAUCUGUUAAAUUUUUACUUUCUGCAGUUUUUUUAUAUAAUACAUAAUACAUGC